GUUGUUAUAAAGCGCAAACAUUAUUGACGAGUGAUGACAUUAACCAGUUAGUCUUAAAGAUGUUGGGCUUCCUGACGUUGCUUGUAACAUUCGUCACUCUGCUGGUGUUUCUAUUUUACAAAUUUUCAAAAGAGAGGCCUGAAAAUUUUCCGCCAGGUCCGCCCAGUUUGCCAAUAUGGGGUAGUUACUGGUUUCUGUUAAAAGAAAAUUACAAUUUGCUCCACCUCUCGUUUGAGACGCUUGGCAAGCGGUACAAGACGGAUAUUUUGGGUUUUUUUCUGGGAAAUGCCCCGACUGUGGUCACCUUGAGUUACGAACUCACUAAAGAAAUGUUGUCGCGGGAUGAGUUCAUGGGUCGAAACGACACCAUAAUCGUGCAAACGAGGAGUCGGGGAAGCCCCAAGGGUAUUUUUUUCACUGAUGGUCCGGUCUGGAAGCAGCAGAGGAGGUUUGCGUUGCGACACAUGAGGGACUAUGGUUUUGGCCGGCGUUCGGAAAAUAUGGAAAAUCUCGCGCAUCAGGAAACCAAUUAUUUGAUUGAUUUCCUGACAAAGGAGCCGAGUCAAGGGGACUUGGAUGUGUGCAAGAGGAAGGGGCUUGUGCUAGUGCCCGAUUUCAUGUACGGGUCUCUUAUCAACACCGUGAUGUUGGUGCUAACUUCGAGGCACUUUGAGCACCAAGAAGUGCGGAAAUAUGCGAAAGCUGCGUUCAGGUUUAUGAAAAGUGAGGACUCAACUGGGGGAGCUAUUACUAUAACUCCCUGGUUGAGAUACAUUGCACCGACUUUCUUCCGGUUCACCUCGGCGGUCGACGACAAUGACAUGUUAAUUGAUUUUAUGAAAGGACUGAUUGAGGAGCACGUUGAGACGUUCUCGGAUGACCACCAUCGCGACUUUAUUGACGACUACAUUAGUGAAUCCAUCAAGCAAGGCAUUGAAAUUGAUUAUUUGCAGCUUGCUUUAAUAACGCUGGAUUUCAUGUUCCCCUCUCCUGUCGGAGUCGGACACACUUUAAGUUUUUAUUUUGCGCAUCUAAUUAACAAUCCUGAGAUUCAAACUAAAAUCCAAGAGGAAAUUGACCAAGUUGUGGGCCGUUCGCGGCUACCAAGCCUAGAUGACCGAAAAGAUCUUCCGUAUUUCGAAGCAAGCAUUCGGGAAAAUCUAAGAUUGAUGCCAGUCACCCCUUUGGGGGUUACAAGACGUUGUGUGAAAGACACAAUGUUGGGUGGGCACUUCAUUCCGAAAGAUUCAUUUGUGUUGGCAAAUCUUUGGACAGCGCAUAGAGAUCCUCGCAUUUGGGACGAUCCAGAGGAGUUUCGACCAGAAAGGUUCUUAGACAGUGAUGGUAAAUUACUGAGGAAGGACUACACGAUAGGAUUUGGAGCAGGUAAACGACUGUGUGCUGGGGAGACGUAUGCACGCAAUACCAUGUUUCUGAUAAUGUCCGGACUUUUGCAAAAUUUUACGUUUAAAUCGCCGUACAAUAGACCCAUUGAUCUUAAAGAUGUACUUCCUGGUGUAACAUUAUCGUUGAAAGAAACGUGGAUUUCAGCAGUACCGAGAUAAGAACGAAAAUAAUUGUAACAAAACUGCCAAUAAAAGAUUGUUUUUAUUUA